CUGCAAACCGUAUCGAUCUACGCUCCGGUGGUCGACAAACUGGCCUUGGUGGAAGAGCAGCUGCACGAGCUGUGCCAGACGGACAUCGCCGACCUCGACCCUUUGCUGGACUACGCCCUCCGGUCGGGAGGAAAGAGAGUCCGCCCGGCGCUGACCCUGCUGGCGUCAGAAUUUUACGAAGACGACCAAAAACGUUCGCAGAUCAUGGCGGCAGCGGUGGAGCUGCUGCACCUGGCCACCUUGAUCCACGAUGACACCGUGGACAACGCCGGCAUGAGGCGCGGCAAGCCGACCAUCAACAAGCUGUACGGCAACCACGUCGCCGUGCUGCUGGGAGACUACCUGUUCGCCACGUCCGCCACAUUCGUCUGCGAUACCGGAGUGAUCCGCGUCAUUCGCCGGUUCUCGGAAACGAUCAUGGAACUGGCCAGCGGGCAGUUGAUCGAGUUUUUCACAACCUUCGACCCUUCGAAGGCCCGCAGGUUGUACGACGAACGCAUCUACCGGAAAACGGCUUCCCUGUUCUGCACCUCCGCCGAAUCCGGAGCGGUACUGAGCGGAGCGCCAGAGCACCAGGUGCAGGCACUGCGCAGGUACGGAUACAACGUGGGCAUGGCGUUCCAGAUCGUUGACGACCUGCUCGACAUCCAGGGUGAUGCCAGCGAAAUCGGCAAGCCCGUGGGCAACGACCUGCUGCAGGGAGUGCUGACGCUGCCCACUAUCAUGUUGAUGGAAAGGUAUCCCGAGGACAACCCGAUAGACAGGCUUUUCACGUCGAUAACCGACGGCGGUCCCGACGUCGAUCACCUGUUGCAGAAAUCGCUGGACAUGAUUAACGGUUCCGGCAUUGUGCCCGACUGCUUUGCGGUAAUUCGAGACUACUGCUCGGAAGCUGCGGCGGCCCUGGAAGAACUGCCGGACUGCCCGCCACGGCGCUCGCUGCUGGAAAUGGUGGACUACAUCCGCGAGAGGUCGCGCUAG